AUGACUAAAAGACUAUACAUACUGGCAGGGUCCACCCAUGAAGACGAGAAGACGACCAUUCCUAUAAACACAGGAAAUUUUGUUGACAUAGACUCAAAAAUCGGACUCUUUUCUGUUAUCAUCGAUAUAGUCAAUUUCGAUAGCAGUGAGCCUCAUAAGGAGAAUAGCGCCUACAAUCGCUCGACAAAUGGGUUGGAUGAGUCCCUGGCCCCCAAAACACCCAAUCUUCGGAUCUUAGCGAAGUUCACCCCUUCGCACAAUAUUCCAGGCACAGAACUCUUGUUUGGAAAUGAUGGCUUGGUCUCCAUCACCAAGAACGUUCCAACCUCACUCAUCUCAACUGGUUUGAGAUUUUUCAAAUGGUUUAUGAACCCAACCAUAAACUCCGACAUGUACGGAGAUAUGCCAUACUUGUACGGGUAUGCUCUCAAUAGCUUUACCAAGUUGGGAUCCGAGGAUUUAAUCGGAGUCGAUGAAUUUUUGACCCUGAAAGAAGAACGCUUUCUGACAGAUGAAUCGAUUCCCACAGAUCCAAGCAAACGCCAAAGUUAUUUCUGCAAAGUGAAGAACUGCGAAAAAUUUGAGUUCCAGAAGGGCGAAACCUAUUUUUUGAUGUUCGAGACUAGCUUCAUCAGUAUAGGCGAUUCCAAGUAUCACGUCAAAAUUCCAACCUUUGGCGACAAGACCAUUGACGUAGAUGUCCUCCGAUUCUCGGAUGAAAAUCUCAAUAAUUUUAACUGGACAGUGAAGCAAGGCGGUAUGGACGGUGUUUUGGAGGGAGAAUAUGGCCUUGUCAUAAAUUUUGGUGUCGUAGACGAGGAUGAUUGA